AUGUUCGUUGCAAGCUACUUCUCAGAUCAUGCACUUGGGUACUCGCAAUUUUCACCACAUUCUCAAUUCGCUGAUUGGGACGCUCGAAGGGAAGAAGUCAAAGAAGCCUUCGCCAUCAGUUGGGACGCAUACAAGAAGCACGCUUGGGGUAAUGAUGUGUUCCACCCGCUUGCAAAGACAGGCAGGAACAUGUCUCCAUCAGGCCUAGGAUGGAUCAUCGUGGACAGCCUCGACACGAUGAUGCUCAUGAACUUGACGGAGCCUCUUUCUGAUGCACGCAAGUGGCUUCACCGCAGUCUCACCUGGGACCAGGACCAGGAUGUCAACACUUUCGAGACCACUAUCCGCAUGCUGGGUGGUUUACUCUCCACGCAUUACCUUUCGACCCAACUACCCCACGCCGCGUCAAAGAGAGACUCUGUGUACCUUUCCAAGGCAGUCGACUUGGCGGGCCGGCUGCUUUUUGCUUUCGACAGCAACUCAGGCAUCCCUUAUGCCAGUGUCAACAUCGGCCAGAGGAAGGGUAUCCCAUCUCAUGCCGAUGGCGGCUCUUCUUCGACGGCAGAGGCGGCUACAGUGCAGUUGGAGAUGAAGUAUCUGUCACAUCUGACAGGGAACGAUGUCUACUGGAAGAAGGCCGAGCGUGUGAUGAAGGUACUCGACGACCAGAAGAUGGAAGGUGGGUUGUUGCCGAUCUUCGUGCAUCCCAAUCAUGGUCGCUUCACUACAAGAGAGAUUCGGCUCGGAAGUCGGGGUGACUCAUACUAUGAGUACCUCGCAAAACAAUAUCUCCAGACGGGAGAGACGAUCUAUCGUGACAUGUGGGAAGACGUACUGGAUGGUAUUCAAAAGCACCUUGUCACCACAACACGCAAUGCUGCUUUAAAGUACAUCGCUGAACUUCCUGCGGGUGUUGGAGGUGCUCUCUCGCCCAAAAUGGAUCAUCUCGUUUGCUUUCUUCCCGGUACUAUUGCUAUGGGUGGCCGAACGUUAGCCGAAGCUCGUCGCGAUCCAGAGUGGACGCCCUAUCAUGAAGAUGAUGUGCAACUUGCCAUCGAACUCAUGAAAACCUGUUGGGGCAUGUACGUUGUCACAGGCACUGGACUUGCGCCGGAGAUUGCAUGGUUCAACGCCACAGAAUACGACCUGCAACCGAACCCUGGGGAUAGAAAGCAGCGUAGUCCUAGUAGCACACUGUCGAAAUGGCACAAAGACUUUAUCAUCAAGCCUUUGGAUGCGCACAACCUGCAGAGACCCGAAACAGUUGAAAGUCUCUUCAUGAUGUACCGCGUGACUGGCGAUUCAAUGUACCGAGAAUGGGGUUGGAAAAUCUUCCAAGCCUUUCGGGAGCACACUAUGGCCCCUGACGGAGAGGGCUUCACGAGCCUCAAUGAUGUGCGAACAGUACCACCGUCAACAAGAGACAACAUGGAGAGUUUUUGGCUGGCCGAGACUCUCAAGUACCUUCGCCCGUGGGACCCUCCUUCGGAGGCUCGAGGCAUCUUUGGAGGCUUCUUGCUCGCGCAGUCAAUCCGCUCCGCCCAAGAGACGCUGCCGUUUCCGGAUUACUACGUGCAUUCCCUUCAAUCAACCUUCAUACGCCAAGGCUCCAAAGAUUCUAGACUUGUUCAUCAUGUUGAGAGAGUUGCGGAUGGACGGACCUUUGCCACCAGAGUCGUGCGGACCAUUCAAAAUGACAAGCCCAUAUUCAUGGCAUUCAUCAGUUUCCAAAAGUACACAACGAAGAAAGAUCCAUCAAAAAUCUUCGAGUACGAGAUGAAGAUGCCGAACAUGAAGGGAAUGUCUCCAGAAGACAUCGAACCUGGCUACAAAGCGAUCAAAAGUUACAUGGGUAUUCCUCCGAACAUCGUGGAGGCCCUGCCGAACCCGUUUGACUGGCGUUUUCUGCCUUACAAAACUACCGCCGACCCGACGAGAUUCGAGUCGCUCAGUUUUGUACGCGCCCCAAAGGUUUCGGUUGAUUCUCAAGCUGUUCAUCUCUCUGCGCUGGCAUACCUGACAGAUAUCUGGACCCUAUCUGUGCCUCAUAUGGCCUCGAAUGCAGAGUUUGGCAAGAUGAAAGACACACCGGGCAUGCAGAUCACUUUGAACCACUCAAUAGUCUUCCACGACCCGAACGCAAAGGUAGACGAGUGGAUGAGGCUUUGGAAUGCGCAGAAUGGGAUUCUGUUGUUGUCUUGCACUCAGGAAGGUCUGAUGCGAUAUGCCAGACAGCCUGUGAAAAUUUGA